AUGUCUAGUAAGAUGAUCCUUCGUUUUUGCUUCCACGCUUUGUAGAUCAAGUCACUGACCUCGCAGUAGAUAACGCUCUGGUCAUCGAUCUCACACAGGCCCCGGCCAUUGACCUUACAAAAGACGACACCCCAGUCAUUGACCUCACACAAGAUGACGCCCCGGCUGUUGGCCUCAUAAAAUACGACCCCAUAGUUAUUGACCUUACACAAGAUGAUUCCGAUCUCACCAAUUUCACCACAGGCAAUGAAUAUCAAAGCUCCAACGUGAUAUCAUUCUCUAUCGACAAUUUUCUUUAG